CAGUGCGGGCCACACCGUGGCGCAGUUGAGAGGCUGGGCCUGGCCCUCCCUCCCCCGGCCGCGCCGCACGGUGACAGACGCGCGGAGCCGGCGAGCGGGCGGGCUUUGGGGCUGCCUCCCCCGCAGCAGCUGGCCAUGGUCCCCCGGCCGGAGCCGGAGCGGCGGCCGCCAUUGCGGGCGGGGGCUGCGGGACUAUGAAGGAUGGACGCGGACGAGGUGACCAUCCGCGAGCAGAACUUCCACAGCCAAGUGCGCGAGUACACGAUCUGUUUUCUCCUGUUUGCUAUUCUGUACAUAGUUUCCUACUUCAUAAUCACAAGGUACAAAAGGAAAGCAGAUGAGCAAGAGGAUGAAGAUGCCAUUGUCAAUAGAAUUUCGCUGUUUUUGAGCACCUUCACUCUUGCAGUUUCAGCUGGUGCCGUCCUGCUUCUACCUUUCUCAAUAAUCAGCAAUGAGAUCCUGCUAUCUUUUCCACAGAACUACUAUAUACAGUGGUUAAAUGGCUCUCUAAUCCAUGGAUUGUGGAAUCUUGCUUCUCUUUUUUCCAAUCUUUGCUUGUUUGUGUUGAUGCCCUUUGCCUUCUUUUUUUUGGAAUCAGAGGGAUUUGCUGGCUUAAAAAAGGGAAUCCAAGCACGCAUUUUGGAAACAGUUGUUAUGCUUAUUCUUCUUGCACUGCUUAUCCUUGGAAUAGUUUGGGUAGCUUCAGCUCUCAUUGACAACGAUGCUGCCAGUAUGGAAUCUUUGUAUGAUCUUUGGGAAUUCUACCUCCCUUAUUUAUAUUCCUGUAUAUCACUGAUGGGCUGUUUAUUACUUCUCUUAUGCACACCAGUGGGGCUUUCACGGAUGUUUACAGUGAUGGGCCAGUUGCUGGUGAAGCCAACAAUCCUUGAAGACCUGGAUGAAGAGAUAUAUAUCAUCACCUUAGAGGAAGAAGCAAUUCAGAGGAGACUAAAUGGUUUAUCUUCUGCUGUGGAGUACAGUACAACAGAGCUGGAAUGGGAACUUGAAAAUGUGAAGAGCACAAAAACAAAGCUAGAGCGACGGAAAAAAGCUUCUGCAUGGGAGAGGAAUUUAGUGUAUCCAGCUGUUAUGAUACUGCUACUCUUUGUAACGUCCUUAUCAGUCCUCUUGGUUGCUUGCAACAUUCUUCGCCUGUUGGUCGAUGAGACUGCAAUGCCAAAGGGAUCAGGGGGGCCUGGGAUAGGAAAUGCUUCUUUAUCCACUUUUGGUUUUGUGGGAGCAGCACUUGAAAUCAUUUUGAUUUUCUAUCUUAUGGUGUCCUCUGUCGUCGGCUUCUACAGUCUUCGCUUUUUUGAAAAUUUCACUCCCAGGAAGGAUGACACGACUAUGACAAAGAUCAUUGGAAACUGUGUCUCAAUAUUAGUGCUCAGCUCUGCUUUGCCAGUGAUGUCAAGAACCCUGGGAAUUACCAGAUUUGAUCUGCUUGGAGAUUUUGGAAGAUUCAACUGGCUGGGAAAUUUCUACAUUGUGUUAUCUUAUAAUCUGCUCUUUGCUAUAAUGACGACCCUCUGUCUGGUCAGAAAGUUCACCUCUGCUGUGCGAGAAGAGCUUUUAAAGGCAUUAGGUUUGGAUAAACUUCACCUGUCAAACAAUGUAAGAGACUCAGAAACAAAGCCUGCUGCAAACGGGCAUCAGAAAACACUGUGAGGAACGAUCAUCUUCAAUCACUAGAGCUGAAAACUUCAACCUCAUGACAUUCCUGUUAUCUCAUCAACAUAUUUUUGUAUAGAUUUUACUUGUUGCUAAUUUGGGUCCAAGCUUGUCUCCCUCUGGACACUGCUUCUGAGAAAACCUCGCUACUGCUGGUUCUACAUGGGAUUGUUUUUGGUUCAUUUUGUUUACACCCCAAGCAGUUUAUGCAGGAGGUGCCUUGAAGACUGAAAACUGAAGAGGAUGAAAAGUUCCUGUUUUUGGAUGUAGUUUCAUGUUUCUAGAUGUGAUGUUCCACUACAGUGUGAAAAGCACAGUUCCUUGUGUAUGCUAUAAAUACAGUGAUAAAAAAUAACUUUGAGUCUUCAUAAUAAGGGAUGCAUUUGAAACCCAGUAUAACCCUACCUGGAAUAUUAUUUACAGUAGAUAUGCUUUUCUGCUAAGAAUAUGGUAAGAGAAAGUGAAGUAAUUUCCAGAGAUGACUGUUGCUUUCAUAUGAGAUCACUAAGUUGUUUAUAGUCUGACAUUGCGAAGCAUUUUUCAGGGGCCAGCAAUUUUAAGCUUCCUCUUCUUAGCUAUAUGUGACCGAAGACUACUUUAUUUAGUGACCAUUCGACAAUAUCUCAUCAAGUUUAGCAAACCACAAGAUAAAUGUUCACUUCAGUGUUAAAUCUGAGCUAAGAGUGCUUUGUAGAAUGCUACACAGUUACCUUACUGGUAUAGUUCUUAAUCCUACAAAUUAAGAAAAGUGUUGUGCCAUAGUGGUCAGUCGCCAUAUAGAACAACACAGAAUUUUACACGCACAGAAUUGCUUAUGUAUUCCUUUUAUUUGGAAUCUGCACAAGUAGCAGUUAGUGGUUGCUUAGUAGGCUACAAUUACACAUAGUUGUAGCCUAAAUGUUUUACUUGGAGUAAAUUUAUUUAUCUGAAUUGCAUCUUGAUAGCUGUACUGUUACGCAGAGGUACAACCCAAUAUUUCUCAACAAUCUCUACAGUCUUUAGUUUCUCUUAGUAUAUGUGUGUGCAUAUAUGCACAUAUAUGUAUGUAUAGAAAAUUAAAUGCUUUAUCCUACAGAAAAAACACAGGAAACUUAGUAAAUAAACCCUAUUUAUUCAGUCAUCUUAGUAUGAGAAUGCCAAAGGAAAUGAAUAUGAAGUCCUCCAAGCAGUGCGUGACAAACCAUAGGUUGCUAUUAAACGAUAUACUUUUGGCUAUAAACUAUACACUAUUUUUUGUUGGUGUAAAACUGAACUAUGUCCACUGAGGUCUCUGGCCUUGCACUUAAUUGAGCUGUGUCAACUAGUUUAUAUCUGGUCUGAUUCUGAAGCAAAGUAGUCUUUUCUUACAUUGGGUGUUUCUUAUCUGCUGUCUUUGUGAGAUGGUUCUGGGUUCUGGAUUUGUGCUUAAUGUAAUGCAUGUCAUAGGGGUUUUCUGGAAUACAUCAUAAGACAAACUCCAAAGAAUAUCACUUUCAUGAAUCUGCUUUUUCUGAAUUGAAAUGAGUCAUAAUGUAAAUACUACUCAAGUCGAGUCCUAGCUAUCAUAUCUCCUUUUCCUUUUUGUGAGUGUUAGUGUAAUCAAAACUAAAUUCCAGGCAUACCUAUUCCUAGGAUGGUUAUUGAUACAUUGUAUAAAAGUCUAAAGGACAGUAAAAUUGCUUGACUUUUUAAAGAUUUAGAGGUAUCUUACUAUUGCUCAGAUUUAACAGUGAGUUUUUUGGACUUCUUUCCCCACAAAGAAAAAAUCCUGGUCACAAACGGGUAUCUACAGUUAAUUCCCUUAAAAAUGAAUAUAGGUUUACAAGAAGAUUUAUCAUUAAAGGCAUUAUUGAUUUCUGCUGCCUGUUCAGAGCAGGUGGACUUAGAUGCUAGAACUGUAGUGAAGGAUAAUAGGUGCAUCUAGUGUUUUGCUUUUACAAGUUGAUAGUACUGCCAUGGUCUUACAAGUGUCUCCAGUGUCACUUGCAAACUGGUAGAUAAUGAAGUGUAGCUAGCUUUUUAUAAUGCGCAUUCCAGGUUCCUAUUAUAUUGUGAUUUAAGAUAGUUGCCAAAGUUUAAGUUAAAAUUUUUGAUUGGAAUCCACUUCAUGAAAUUCUGUCUAAAGAUGAAGUAAAAAGUUUUGUCUAAAUUUUAGAGUGAUGUCAGCAUUCACAUAGAAACUGAUCAGACAUUUUUUGAGAAGUGUUUCCUUUAUCAUAAGCUAUCCAAGAACAUUAGGAAAGAUGGAUCACAAUCCAUGCACGUGUGUGUUCCCAAAGAUGGACUGUGAUAAUUAAACGCAUUGGGUAUAGGCAGUUCCCAGGGAUAAGUACACAUGCAAGUGCCAGUUUUCUGGCAAGACUUUCUCCCUCAUCUUAGAUUUCCUCUGCCUUCCAAAACAGAAGCUGAAUUAUAUGUUGGUUGCACCUUUAAUGGGUUCUGCUAUGUAUGUUAAAGAAAUGUAUUGGAUCAGAUAGAUUACCAAAAUGUAGACAGUAUUGUAAAAGAUUUUUACAGAAGAUCAGUCUUCAAAGAAAAUUGACAUUGUCUUGUAUAGCUGCUGACAGUGUUGGCUCUAUCUAUAUUGUGACACUGUCUACAUUUAAAUGUCAGUUUAGCCCUGCAACUAGCAUUCUGUAUGCAAACCUUCUGACAUACAGUACUCCUUUCAACUGUAAAUGUGAAACCUAGGUCAUGUAUAUUUUAUGCACAUACAGUCACCUAAGUAGAAGCAGUUGGUAAUUCAUGAAUGGAUAUUGGCAAUGCAUUCCUAAUAUUUUUUGACUCGUGUAGAGUCUGAUAGUCUAUACCUUUUAUAUAGCUAAUCUUGGUGACAUCAACAUCUGCCUCACUUAUGAGGUAAAAGCAAAGAGAUGCUUCCAUCUUAAACUAGAUAUCAGAAACUUGACCAAAAAUGUACGUGAUGAUGUCUUAAAUGAGCCACCUCUUGGCUUUCUUCUGUGUUGGCAACACAGUAUUUAAUGCAAUGGCAGAACUGUAAUAUGGUGGGAUUUUUCAGUGUAAGCACAUCUUUGGUACUUAACACUUUAAGCUAUACGUUAAAUUGUUGUGAUUAUGUUACUGUACAAGUAACAGUUUUUGGAUAUGUAGAAAACUUCAUUUACCAAUUUGUAAUGUGGUGUUUAUUUUUGGUCCUGUUUCCCCCAAAUCUUUUACACAGUUGGCUGUUUUACAGUGUCAUAAGAAUUAAAGAGUUUAACAAAGAAUUAUUUCAUGCUUUGGUCCAGAAGGUUGGUAUUAAGUUUUAAAUCAUUUAGCAACUGGGGUAUUAGUCAUUCAAGCAUAUUGAAGCAGCUGGUAGUCGAAGCUAUUUAGAGUGUCUAAAGUGUGCCCAGCACUGUACAAAACACCUGAGAAACCUAGAGUCUAAAUCAAAUGGGGAAAUGACACUCUGAAUUUACUGAAUGUACAUCACAAUACACAUGGGGAAAUGGCUAAAGGUCAAACCUUCAUGGUGAAUUUUAUAUUACAUUAGUGAUUGUCCAGAUGAGUCCCUGCCACUGGUCAUAUCAGUUAUCAAUUAUUAGGUUGAUGUCUUCCACAUGGCAUUUUGGAGAACCUAGAAUAUAUAAUGUUAGUCAGUUGCUUAAAAAACCCCAACAAAACAACCCUUGUAGCCCCAGGAAUUUAAGGCCACUAGUUCUUCAUUUGUACUUGAGUUUUCUUGAAUGUUAUAAAUAUAAACGGAUAUAUUCUAGCCCAAAUUGGCAAGAAGAUUUUUCUUUGCAGAAGAAUAGUGAGGGGGUGGAUCUCUUAUGGGCCAUAAGGUCUUACUGUUAGUGUUUUAUAAAUAGCUUAUCUUAUUACACUGUACCAAGUACAAGGUUAUCAGUGAAUUCUUUCUUGUAAUGUUUCCAUGCACAAUUGAAAAUAUCUGCUUUUAAAUAUACAGUAAUUUUAUCUGUAUCGUCCUAUCGUCCAAAGAUUUUGGAAAUGUAACAUAGGCAUUCCUGGAUUUUUUUUAAAAGAAAGAAUGAUGUCUUACAGCCAUCAGAGUUAGUUACAGAGGACUUUUUGGCAAGUAAGCCAGCAUUUACAGAGACACAAACUAAUUCAUCCAUUUAAGAUUGCAGAUCACGUGCUACAGGAGGAAAUUCUGUUUUAGCAGUUGAUGUUAUCUGUGGCUCGUGAAUAUUGAAUUUACUAAAUUACUUUUGCAGUUACAUGAAUAGUAACUGAAUUCAUUUUUCAGGAAGUGUUUUCAAGUCCUGCUUUAAAGCACCACAUUUAAUAAGGAGGCUUGACUCAACAGCUGACAUCCCAUGGUGUCCUCAUGCUGGCUACACGGCAAGUCAAGGUAUCACCAGGUUAGGUCUGUCUUCAAGAAAUGUGAAUCCUUACUUUUUCCAUCCCUGCUUCCUCAGCUACCUUUUUAAGUAUGUUUCUAGCUACCAUAGGAAGCUGUGGAACUCUGUUUGUCCAUGUUGUGUCAGGGUUGCCAACUAUCCAUAAAUCUACAGACCAUCUGUUUUAAAAAAACAACACACACAACAAAACAAAACCAAAAAAAAACCCCCACCAGUAAAAAAAAAAAAAAAAACCUAAGAAACCAUGAGCUUGAUUGAAGAUCCAUCGUUUGAAUGAGGCUGGAUGCAAGUGUUUGAGUUUCGCUUAAUGUUAAAUUAAGAUUUUCCCUGAGGCUACAUGUUUAUCCCUUCACCCCCUGUAGUAAGCAGCCCUGUUUCAAUUGAACAUUGCUUACAAGUGGGGAGGCUUGUUCAGUUUAAAACACACAAUUAAAAUUUAUUUUCCCAUGUUUCUGGAUGUGGGUUUGAACCAGAUUUAGGAAGUUGGUGUUAAACCCCUAAAUUUGAACCUACCUCAAGUUACUGCCUCCAGGGCAUGGCAGAAGGGUUACCUUUACAUUAUCUAAAACGUGUCAGUAAAAAACAUUUGCAGAUUGCCAGUGGGAAAAAAAGGGGGGGAGGAAGGUCUUUGGCAACCCUAUUUGUGCAUGUCCCACUCUUCACAGUCUAAUUCAAGUGUCUUCACGUGUUUGGAGACUGUCCACCCUCCAACAGUCACUGGCAGAUACCAACUGGGAUUCUUGAACUGUGGUCGGUGAGCAGCUGGCUAAACUUCAGCGCUUCUGUUUCAGCUGCCAAACUUCAGUACAAAAGUACAUUACUUACCUACUGUAUGUUUCUGCGUGAGCAACUGCUGUUUGCCUCAGGGAUGUUAUGUGAUUGUGAAUGAGAGGGUCUCUGUAAUAACAAAUAGAUGGGCACAUUGUCACUGAGACAAUCUCUUACGUGUUUUGUGUUUAAAGUGUAAGACUAAUGUGCUUUUAGGAAGGAAUAACCAUCUUAAGGGGAGGUAAAUUAGCAUGGAAACUGACCUUCACGGCAUCUACAUACACAUUAGUUAAAACAAGUUGUGUUUUGAAACAUCCUGCAUCCAUUGAACUACUGCUGCCAGCAAUAUGAGCCGUUUCUACCCCAUUCCAUACUCAGUUGACCUUGAACAUGGAGUUUUCAUUUAGAUCGGUAAAACUCUUUUAAGUCAGAUGGUAUUUUCUUAUGGACCAGGCUUUGAGUUCUUUUGGCUGUCUUUUUCCUUUUCAUAUAUGUAAGUAUUUACCAUUUUUCCAGUUACUGACCUCUCAUCCAUUGGCUUUGCAGUCAAUAUAUAUUAUAUUUUAAUGUAUGAAUAAACAAAAUGCAAAAUAACUGACUCCAAAUAGCGUAUGAUAACAUUUGAUCUGUCAGGGUAAACUGUUAUUCUCCACUUUUGAAAAAUAUAGGUGUUUGAUUUCAACAAAAUUGUGCUGCAGAAAAUUUCACAAAUUAUCGGUAUAUUAUGUUAUAAUGUGUUUUAUAGCACAUUAGCUUGUUUUUGUUACAGGAAUCUGCAAAUUGUGAGAAAAAUGCCUAUGUAUCUUGGAAGCAAAGCUUCUAAAUUAAAAAAUAGGAAACCUCAAAUAGGAUCUUUUACACUUUGUACAUCUCUUACUGGCCUAAGCCAUUAUUCAUUGAUUGAUCUCUCUCAAUAGCCAGUUUCCAGUCAUUUUUAUCGACAAUUCUUACAUUUUUAGCUUUGACAGAAUUCUUUAUUGCAGAAUAGGAAAGCUCCAGGUAGGCAACAUGGCUGUAGUUUAAUUCAGUCACUUCGCAGUUUUAGAGGUAAGAUUUCAAGCCAAUUGGUCUUACCUGGCAUGGUUCCUGUUUCUUUGGAAAAAGAAUGAAUCUGUUUUUGGGUUGUGGAUUUGAAUUUUUAACCUGAUAAAGUAUAUGCAAACCAAAAUAGCACAUGUAAGUUUUCCUUCACCUAUGUGUGAGAGUUGAGCUAACUUCUGCAUUCCCUCAGCAGGAAAAGCCAUCCUUGAACUCCAGUGCUCUUGUCCUCACUAGACUUUUUAAGAAAGAAAUGUCUUUGUGUUGAGUGGGAGUAUGCCCAGGAUUCAGAUUGUCAUUGGCAUACUAAUCACUGUCAUCAAAAUCUACUCUCAAGUGCAGCUAGAUGACAUGGCCAGUGUGUGCUACCUUGAAUGAUACUACAAGAAGUCUAGUGUAGGUUCAACCAUGGAAUUAAAUGGACAUUUUUCUCAGGCAUAUUCAGGCUUUUCUACUGCUGUGUUGUUAACUGAGGUCUCAACUUCCAGAAAGAUUUACAUCUAUACUUCUAAGCACACAUGUAGUCACAUGGAGUUCAGUGGCAUUAGUCAUUUGUUUAAAGUAAGGCAAGGCUUUGUAAGAACAAGUUUUAGUUAACUUGAAAAUGUCUGGUAUGCAGGCACUUAUCUUGGACCACCACAAAUGUGACUGAAAAAAAAUGCUCACUGUACUAGUUAUGAAGACCUUUACUGGAUGUGACUCUGCCUCACCAAGUCCUUCUUUGAAUUAAAUUUAGGUCAUCUGAAAAUGUGUGUUGUAUACAAUUUUCAGUUAUGGCUACCUUGCAGUGUUACAAAACUAUGCGAAAACAAUUGCUUUUUUUUAGAUGGUUUGAAUUUUGGUGUAUGAAAAGGAGUGGUAGUGGGUUUUUUUCUUUAUUUGAAAUGUCACAUUUUUGUGUGUUUUGUAGCAACAUUUUUAAAAAAAUGUGUUUUCAAUAAAGUUAAACUGUGAUUAACA